CGUCAUCUUCCUGCGUUUGCUUGUUUUCCUGGUUUAUAUCUCGAGGGCGGCAGGAAUAACCGAGCUGCUGGUUUAAAGCUUAUUUAUCAUCUGUUUCACUGACAGCAGGAUAAACAGCGGCGCGGCGCAGCGCGGUCAGCGGACUGUAACGGAUUAUGGUGGGGGCUUGGUGUUGGCUGCUGCUUCUGUCCAUCUCUUUGAGGGUGUGGUCAGUGCCUAUUGACCGGAAAACUGAUGGCCAGGAUGCGCCGCCCCCACAGGAGGAGAAAGCAGAAGAAAAUAUGGACACAGGUCUUUACUAUGACCGCUACCUGAGGGAGGUCAUCGAGGUCCUGGAGACGGACCCUCACUUCAGAGAGAAACUACAGACAGCCAACACUGAGGACAUUAAAAAUGGCCGUCUCAGUAAAGAGCUGGAUCUGGUGGGUCAUCAUGUCCGAACCCGCCUGGAUGAGCUAAAGAGACAGGAAGUGUCUCGUCUCAGGAUGUUGCUGAAGGCCAAGCUGGACAGCACCAACACACAGAGUGUUCAGAUGGAUCACGUGUCAUUGCUGAAGCAGUUUGAGCAUCUGGAUCCACACAAUCAGAACACAUUUGAAGCCAAAGAUCUGGAGCUGCUCAUUGCUGCGGCCACUAAAGACCUGGAGAAUUAUGAUGCGGAGCGGCAUGAGGAGUUCAAGCGCUACGAGAUGUUGAAGGAGCAUGAGAGGAGAGAAUACCUGAAGAGUCUAGACCAGGAGAAGAGAGAGAGGGAGGAGAAGAGGAUAGAGGAUCUGAGAGAGAAGCACAGACAGCAUCCUAAAGUCAACGCACCAGGCAGUGUUGAUCAGCUGAGAGAGGUUUGGGAAGAGACGGACGGUUUGGACCCACAAGAGUUUAACCCUAAAACCUUCUUCAAGCUCCACGACACAAAUGGAGAUGGUCUCCUGGAUGAGCAGGAGCUGGAAGCUCUGUUUACAAAAGAGCUGGAGAAGGUGUACGACCCAAAGAACGAAGAGGAUGACAUGAUGGAGAUGGAGGAAGAGCGGCUGAGGAUGAGGGAGCACGUCAUGAAAAAUGUUGACCUUAAUCGAGACAGGUUGGUGAGUCUGGAAGAGUUUAUCAAAUCAACAGAGAAGAAAGAGUUCAACAACGCAAAGGAAUGGGAGACACUGGAUGACAAACAGCCGGUGUACACUGAGGCAGAGCUCCAGAGGUUUGAGGCAGAGCUCCGGGACAAAGAGGUGGAGCUUAGCAGGAGGGCGGAGACACUGAGACAGGAACAAGAGCUGCUUAAAGAAAGAGGCAAAGCGCUGGAGGCCCAGAAGAAAGAGUACCAGCAGGCUUUAAUGGAGAUGUCUCAGAGGCAGAAGGAUCAGCAGGCAGUGAACAAACCGCCCCCUUCAGGCCCAAACGGAGAUUUACAGUUUCAGCAGGAAAUUCAGAAACUGGCUCAAGGGGAUAUUCCAGUUGGAAAGGUGCCAGUUGAUCAGAAUGGAGAAGUCCAAAACAGCCUGCAGGCCGAGCCACCACAGAACUUUCCCCAGCACACCUAACCUUAACAAAUUGCCUCAUUAAACGCACACACACACAGUUAAUAUUGCUUUUAAAAGCGCAUAACGUUUCGCCUUGUGUAACACACACACACACACACACACACACACACAAUACACACACAUCGUCCAAUUCUGGAAACAAACAUGCUACUAAUUACCAUUACUGGAUCCUCCACAAGUUCAACAUAUAAUAAUGUGAUGUUCGGCUUCUAGUGUAGAUCAGUGAUGGAAUGAGCAUAGCCUAGAUUGAUAUUUUUGAUAAGCACUUGUUGCAUGGUAUUUGAUUCGUUACUAAAAAGUGUGUGAGAAAAGGCUGUGAAUUAUUUAAACAUAUAUAAUCCGUUUGGUGUUUGCGAUGUGUUAAACACAGCAUAUAGGAUAUUUUCUGUGUAUCCAGUCAAAAACAAAGCCUAUAUAUUAGUUUUAAAGGAGAAGUUAAUGUAAAUGCACUCGCAUUUCAGUACAGUGGUGGUGAAUGAAACAUGUUGUUAUCAUUGACUACAACACACGUAUAAGAGCUAUAUUUGUGUUGUAAUCAUGGGAAAACCUCUUUAUUUAAUUUAUUAAGUUAAUAUGAAUACAGCAGUAAGGAUCCUUUAAGCUGAUAAAGUCAAAUCCCCCAAAAAUAAAAAAAAAUUGAGAUACACCCUCAUUGUGUGAGCAUAUUUUUUAAGGUAAGGUGAAUUCGUUCUGUUGAGUUUUGCUGACAGCAGUGACCCAAGUUGUUUUGAUAAAAUAUAUAGUUACCUUCUAAGUGUACCUUAUGCUACAGAAGAACAUUUUUUUUAGUAAAAUUCACACCCUUUCCUGUGGUUUUUGGUAACGUCAUUGCCCUCUUUACUCACCAUCGAUGUAUAGUCAUUCCCCUGUAUUGCUUUCCUGUAUGUGUUUAAUGAUUUUCUAUGUUGUAAUAUGAUUGCCUAGCCUUAAUGUUGGCGGCUGUCAAUUAAUAUAUCGUAAGUGAUUGGAUGCUUAGGAAACACUUGCAUUUGAGUCAACUUAAACAGAGCGUACACAUGUAAUUUAGCAAAUUUUCGUACCCAUGUAACAAAUGCAUUGCUUGUACUUAGUUCAGGGCGUUUUUUUAACCUGAGUUGAUUUAAGGUAUUACUGUGUAAAUCAUUUAAAUGAACUAAAACAUUUUAAUUUAACUUCUAUAUAUACCCACCUUUAUAGUUAUAUAUUAUUUUACAAUGAAUGUUGAUGGUAUAAUAUUAAAAAUAGCAGCAAAUCUAAAAAAAAUAUAUAUAUUUUUGGGGGGUUUAAACUAUUUUGCGGCACAACAGCCUGCUUUUAUCUCUCCAUUCUGAAUAGCUUAAGUAAUAUUAUGGCCAAAUCUUUUUUGGAAUUUUGGUGAAACAAUGUCUCAGGCCCCAUUUAGGGGAUUAUUAUUUUUUUUUUUAGAGAGGCAAUAAACUCUUCAGCUGUUUGUUUGAUUCACCACCACUGUUCCACUACAAUGUUUCUGACUGAGCAUUUCAUACCAAACCUGUUCUGUAUGAUAUUAUACAUCUUAUCUAUUUAAUGACGCAGACAUAUAACUAUUUAAAGUGUUUUGUUUAUUAACACACGUAUUUUUGAGAGUUUAUUCAUUGGUUUUCAUAGUAAUGGUAACCCAGGGUUCUCCUGCUGUCUCCUAAGAUACCUCGUCUCGCAUAUAGUGCCGAACCGUGCUGUAGCUUUUAAAUGUUGCAGUUUUCCCUUUAAGUACAGCUUUUUCAUCCUCGCUGUCGUACCAUAGUCACCGGACUGAUGUAAAACAAACACACACACACACAUUUGCUCACUCCAGACAGCCCAGGAUGUUGUGGUCCUUCUCUGUGGAUUAUCAGUGACAUUUGCAUCUUAAUAAAGAUCUCUGGACAGACUGA